CAGAUUACUACACCUGAAUCGUGCCUCAUCAUAGAAGUCCUGGAUGAGACAGACAGAGACAUAAAUGAAGGAUUUGUUGGUGAACAGAGGACAGAGAACAACAACAAGGUUCCCUCUGUACAGCAGGUCCUCAGUAAGGGAACACUGGUCCCUCAAACAGCUUUAACCAGCAGUGGGUCCUCAAGAGUCAGGUGCUUGUCUCUAAGCCCAGCACAACCAUCAAUGCAGUCCAGAGUACCUGCACCAUCCAAAGCUGCUCAGAAGCUCCAUCCAUCAAGGCCUCAGACUUAUGAAGCACAACAGUUGACACAAUCAUUGUCCUCUAAAAGUAAGCCAUCAGCAUGCCCCACUCCCAGGACUUCAAAGACAUCAAUCAAGACGCCAACCUCAAUGUCACAAAAGCCCAAUUGCUCCCCCAGUGUCCAGAAAUCAAAGCCCGACCAUGGAUCAAUACAGCUUUUGUCCUCUUCCUCAUUAGGACAUUCCCAAACAGAGAUCCCUAAAUCCUCACGCUCCCCUGUCUCAUUUCAGCCUGAUGUUUCUCCUUUGGCUAUUACCAGACCCCCGAACUCAGAGGAGCAGGUCUACUCUUCUCCAUCUUUAUGCCUCUCUCUUAGGUCUACGUUCAGUGUCUCACCAUCAAACUCCACUGACUCAACCGUACUGCCUAAAGUUUACCAUUCAACCCCAUUACAAGAAGGCUCAGACACAUCUAUGUUAUCAGAACAACCCCAAUCUUCCCAGUUAUUUCCAGAACCAAUCUCUUCAGUGAAGCUUUCCCAAUUGACCCCAAGCAAUCUGGAGUCCCAAAGGCAAUUCCAACAUUACUCCAGUGACCCACAGUCUCUCCUAUCAGACAAUCAACUUCAGCUGCCUUUGUCACCUGUGUCCUCUAAUCCAAAUCCACCGCCAAAACCUCUGGAACCAAGUUCACAUAGAAAGGCCUUAUCCAGUUUAUCCCUAUGUAACAAGUCCCUUCUGGAUGCAUAUUGCAGACGAAGGUCAACUCCAGCUUCAGUUUUUAUAUCCUCUACCCCCAUCUCUGGUGACCAUGAAUCAACUCUUUCACAUCAGGAUAUGAAGUGCAUUGCAUCACUUCCACCACGUCUCCUAAAUGCCAUCCAAAAGGAAGAAGAGCUAUCGGAAGACAGUGGUGACGAAAUGUCCAUUGAUAGCCUGGGCCUGGCUCCACAUGAGGAAGACUCGUCAGACGAAGAAGCGCAGAUGCACGGAUGUUUAACGAGAGGGAGAUCCAGAGAAGAAGAGGAAGGGAAUCCUGCCAUAUCUCAUACAGAAGAUCCCUUUUUUCCAGCAGAUGCAGACAGAGAAAACGAUUUGCAGACUGAUGAGCAAAGACAGCUGUCAGAACCAUACAUGGUGAUGAACAACCAGAGUGCUGGGUCUGGAUCAGAGUAUUUGUGUGAUCUGGAUGGGUUGCCGCCUCUGGGUUUGGACAUGAGUGUUGGUCAUUCUGACACACCAGAACACACGCACCAUGAGCCGCUGCACACAUGCCAAACUUUACCGCAGGGUUCAGACCCAACAGGGUCAGGGGGAUUUGGGCAAAGCCACAACUUCAGUACCAGCACUGAGGAACACCUGUUUUUUAGCAUGAUCAAGGGCAAUGGCAUGCAGCCAAGUGGAAUUCAAAUUCACUCAGCCAGACCCACCAAAAGAGGAGAAAUAUCAGCACAUGAACUCAUAACAUCUGGGUCAGGGUCUAUCCUGUCUGGCAAGUCCUCGCCAGUACUGUCUCACCAUCCAAAGACAAACCAAGGUCCUCUCUCUGCACCUGUGUCUUCCUCUCUCUUUCAUUCCCCUUCUCAUCCCACCUUGAGCUCAGAAUUGGGUCCAGUGUUUCGUCCAUUGUCCCGUGCAGCCCAGGAGAUCCUGGAGAUCUGCAGGGUGGACCAGACAGGCUGUGAGGACCCUGACCUGGACACUGACACGACUGCACACACACUCCAUGGUCUGGAGCAGGAACUCAGGCUUAUGGCCAAGGAAACUGGAAAGGAGGCUUCAGUAUUUGGUACGGAAAACAGUGGGAGUCAAGAUCAGUAUGGAAAUCGUCGUUUCACUCGAUGCCUGCUGCUUAUGGUCUGGCACCUGUUUGCUACCUUAAAGCCCUGA